AGCAUCGUCGUCCGCACCAAACCAAGCAAACUCCAUCUCAUCGUCGCUCCGGUCCCCACCCUACUCCACCAACUCCCGCCGCCGCCGCCGCCGGCGGUCGUGCGCUCCGGGCCGCAGCCAUGCACGGCCGCCGCCACCUCGCCGCCUCCCUGGCCCGCGCCCUGACCUACGCCCCCUCCCGCUCCAUCUCCUCCACCCCGUCGCUCCUCCAAACCCUCGACCCGUCCACGCCCUCCCCCGCGGCCGCCCCGCCCACCGCGGGGCGGCUCGCGGAGCUCCGGCAGCGGCUGCAGGCGGACGCGCCGUCGCUGGGGGACUUCACGUACUCGGUGGAGGUGGGGACGCGGAAGAAGCCGCUGCCCAAGCCCAAGUGGAUGAAGGAGACGAUACCAGGCGGCGCCAAGUACGCGGGGAUCAAGGCCAAGCUGCGGGAGCUGAAGCUGCACACCGUCUGCGAGGAGGCGCGCUGCCCCAACCUCGGCGAGUGCUGGUCCGGCGGCGAGACCGGCACCGCCACCGCCACCAUCAUGAUCCUCGGGGACACCUGCACGCGCGGCUGCAGGUUUUGUAAUGUCAAGACCUCGCGAACUCCUCCGCCACCAGAUCCUGAUGAACCUUCUAAUGUUGCUCAAGCUAUUGCCUCGUGGGGCCUGGAGUAUAUUGUCAUCACAAGUGUUGACCGCGAUGAUUUACCUGAUCAAGGGAGUGGUCACUUUGCUGAAACAGUUCAAAAGCUAAAGGUGUUGAAGCCAGAAAUGCUUAUUGAAGCACUUGUUCCUGAUUUCCGUGGAGACCCAGCAUGUGUAGAGAAGGUUGCUACUUCUGGGUUGCAUGUUUUCGCCCACAACAUUGAAACAGUUGAAGAGCUGCAAAGAAAUGUGAGAGAUCAUCGUGCGAACUUCAAGCAAUCAAUAGAUGUCCUGAAAUUGGCAAAAGAGUAUGCUCCAGCUGGUACCCUCACAAAGACAUCAAUCAUGCUGGGUUGUGGAGAAACGCCUGAUCAGGUUAUCAGCACGACGGAAAAGGUUAGGGCUGCUGGUGUUGAUGUAAUGACAUUUGGUCAGUACAUGAGACCAUCUAAACGUCAUAUGCCUGUUUCCGAGUAUGUUACUCCCGAAGCCUUUGAGAGGUAUCGAUCCCUUGGUGUUGACAUGGGCUUCCGUUAUGUGGCUUCGGGCCCAAUGGUUCGAUCUUCCUACAAAGCUGGUGAGUUCUACAUAAAAGCCAUGAUUGAAGCUGACAGAGCAAAAGCUACGACUGCAAUAUAGUUGAUCCUCUUUCCUUGACAUUGUUACACUGCAAAUAAAGUCGCAGGAUUCUAAAAGUUCUUAUUGGAAAAACAUGUUCAUUUUUGUCAUAAUUGCAAUCGUGCUCCUUUCAACUUCUCACUGCCCCUUGUACCAUUUCAACAUCUCCAAGCUAUGUUUGAAAUUGUUGCUCUCUUUUGUUUUAUAAUGUAAAAAUCACGAGUCCCUGUGGUCCAGUUGUCAAUCAUUCAUUCAUUGCUGUAAACUUCAACAGUAGCAGGAAGUCAAGUCAAACUACCCACUGAAAAUGUAGGAUAUUGUCCCUCAUGUUACUAUGCUGUACUUUUGUAUAUAUGAUGGCACAAUGUGAAGAUGGUAAACUUGCCUGCUGUUCCAUUGAA